CACGAGGUUCAGCGUGGCCAAUGGUUUAUUUCAUAAAAGGAGAUGUCAUGCUUGACAUAUGGGGUUACGCGAUUUUGUCGAUUUUCGGAGAACAUGAACUCCGACCAACAGAGCUUAAAUUUCGAUCGGAAUCCGAAAAACAAUUCAAAGUCGUUAAUAAUAUUUUCAGCAUUACCACAAAUAGUGCACAAAUUGCAGAACGAUCUAUCCAGGAAUUAGCAUUUCUGACUGAAGUCACCUCAUUCCUUUCCCCCCUCCUUUGUCUACGAAAAAGAUUAUCUUACCUUUUUGAUUUUAUUUUCUUUCGUCGAAAGCUUAGAUCUGUCGCAACCAACAUUUGUCUGGAACGAUGCAAGCCAUCAAAUGUGUUGUGGUUGGUGAUGGCGACAACACAGUCAAAUGGAUCGGUUACCGGUCUAGUUGACAAUUUCGAAGGAAGAACGGUGUUUGCCGUUGGUAAGACUUGCCUUCUAAUCAGUUACACCACCAAUGCCUUUCCCGGUGAAUACAUUCCAACAGUUUUCGACAAUUAUUCUGCAAACGUGAUGGUUGACGGAAAACCAAUCAAUCUUGGUCUUUGGGACACUGCUGGUCAAGAAGAUUACGAUCGUUUGCGUCCUCUUUCAUAUCCUCAGACGGAUGUUUUCUUGAUUUGUUUCUCCUUGGUCAGUCCUCCUUCCUUUGAGAACGUUCGGGGAAAG